AAUUUUUUUCUUCCUUUGUUUUUUUUUGUUUCUUUGUUUCUUUUCUACUUUACAAUGACAUCACCAAAGUCGAAUACUGAAACUAAACAUGAUGAAGAUACUAUAGCAUUUUUUAAUGAAUUAGAAGAAGAUCAUGGUGACCAUCUCAAAACUUGUAGUGCCUCUCAAGCUUUUAACUCUGUUUGGCAAUGUUAUACUUUAGGAUCUCAAGCUCUUAACUAUUAUAGAUAUGGUUCAAAGAAAGAUUGUAGUGCAAAAUAUGAGGAUUUCAAAUUCUGUUUAACAACAAAAACAAAAACUUCCAAAGUGGCCGAUGCUAUGAUAAGGAAACGUGAAGAAGAAAAACGAAUUGAAAAGGAAAAACAAAGAAGUUCAGAAGAUGUUUGGGAACUUCGUGUAUAGAUAGAUUAGUUUAGAC